AUGGACUAUUAUAAGUGUAUAAAUCGCAAUUACGAAAAGUUGGCAAUCAAGAAUAGUCAAUUGUUCGACCAGGUCACUAGUUUAACAAAUGAAAAAAAGUACCUAAAAGAUAUAAAUGAACGUAAUUCAACAAAGAUCCGACAAAUGAAUAAAUCGUAUGUAUAAAUUCUAAUGUAAAAUAUCAGGGGCGGAUUUGAAGAGGGGGGCGAUCACUACAUCGCCCCUCCCCGUAGAAUUUUUUUCUCACCUCCACCAGUGGCUUGGUAGUAAACAUCAGGCGAAUUCCAAAUAUUUGGAGGCCUGCAACUAAUUUGACGUUUAUGAGGCCAAAAACAUGGAUUAGAUCACGCAUGGGGCAAAGUAGAUUGGCUUAGCAUAAUUAAAUGUUGAAAAAAACAUAGAUAAAUUUGAGAUUAAAAAAAAAGAACAUAAUAAAGUUGUUAUUAUAAAUUGUGUUUAUUAUAUUAUUUAAUUAUGUUACUGUUAUGUAAGUAUAUAUAAUAUUUUUUUAUUAUUCUUACUUAAAUAUAUAUUUAACUGUUUUAAAUUAAAUGAUAUUUUAAAUUUAUAGUUAUAAUAACAAAUUAUUAUGUAGGUGUAACUUAUUGUUUUAGUAUCAUUUAGUUAUCAUGAAUUAGUAUGUUAGUAAGUAUAUAUGAAGAAAAUAAUGAAAUUAUGUGAUAAUGGAAAUUUACAUACCCACCCUGCCAUUAACGGGUAAAUAUCUCUUAAAUUAUACAUAUAUUAUUAGUUCGCCCCCUACCUUUAAUGUUACUCAGAUAUAUCCGCCCCUGCAAAAUAUGUAAGUAUAAUUGAAUACCAUUAAUACUUCUAUAAAUCUCGUGUAUAGUUAUUUCGAUAUAGUCAAAGGUUAUGUCAUCAAGGAAAACACUUAUUUAAGGGAAAUACAAUCGUUGAAAAACACGUUAAGCCGCGAUAAUGUUUGUCAAGAGAUCGCUCCGGAAGUAUCAAAAACCUUGUUACAGGUAAAAUAUAUAAUCAUUAUCAUAUCAGUAUUAACACUAGGAACACUCAUAAUCUCGGAAAGUAUAGACUUUUUUAAAACUGUUUGUUUUGAAAACUUAAGAAACAAAUAUUUCUAAAAUGUUACAUUAUCAUUUUUUUUCACCCUUAUUUUUGGGGGUGAAACGAAUACCUGUUUUUGAUUUUAAAAUGACAACUUAAAUUGAAAAUAAUUUCAAUAGAAUUAAAAUAUAAGUAUGAGGUAAAAUAAAUUUUGGUGUUGACAUUUUUGAUUUCCGUCAAUCCGUUGAAAAGAUAUACCACUUUUAAGUUUCGGUCGGUACGAAAGUAGUGGAGCAAAUUAAAAUGCCACACACAAUUUCGUUACACCGAGAGUUUUGAUUAUUAUACCGGGAGUUAUAAUUAGUAAUAACCAGUGUAAAAGACUAAUUCGCGACUAGGUAAAACCACGGUUAUGAUGAUAACACUUUACCUAUCAUUCCCAUUGUCAUUCCCAAAAUCACUUAAUUUAUGUACCACUUCACCUGUUUUAUAAUAAGUGCUAUCGUUGUAAAUCGGAGUGAAAUUGCUGACAGAAAUAUUGUUCCCAGAUCGAAAAAAAAUAAAAUAAACAUCAUUGUAAAACCAAUUCAUUCCUUGCUCCAUUCAGAAUUUAAAAUUAUGUUUUUAUAGAAAAACCAUAUACAAAUACACUGUAGAGUCUAUACACUCUAUAUAUAAUAUAUAUUAGAAUAUGUCAAGAACACCCCGAAAUAAAGGGGGGAAGAGUUGAGAAUUAUAAUUUAUAUUUGAGGCUAAAAAUUGUAUUUUUUGUUUUGCUCGAAACCCAAUUACCAAUUUUUAGAUUUGCCAAAUCUUGUUAAAAACUAGAAGUAUGUCACCAUUCGAUCCUCAAUCUACACCCUAUAUCCCCAAUUCCCUCCUCUUGGGACAGUUUUGGCUAUGUUAGUUAAAAUGAUUAGGGGUGCAUUACUAGAGCUCUACUUCAGGAUAAUAAAUGGUUCGGUACAGCUCUGAUAUAUAGUUAUAAAUUAUGUCCCAUGAAGAUAAAUUCAAUGCAAUAUCUUAUGAGAUAAUACAAAAAUCAAAUUUUGUUUUUAUUUUUAUGUAAUUCAUAGAGAUAAGAACUACAAAUAAUUAUGUUUGAAUUAAAUUUCCAUGUUUUGGUAAAAAAAAAAAGCUAAAGAAAAACUAAAAAAAAACUUUUUAUUUAAUUUUAUUCGAAUAAUCUGAAGAUAGGGAUUUUAUAGAUUUAUUUUUUAUACGUUUAAACUUAAUUUCGUUAAACUCGUAAGUUUUAAUAAUAUAUUGAAGUUCAGAGAAAAUAUCUAUAAUGAUGCAGCAGGCUGUUAUCGAAUUCGUUAACUGAUUAUUAUUAAUUAUUAUUAUAGUUAUUAGACAGUAAACUUUUUUCUAAACUUUAAAAAAUUAUUAAAAAUCACGAAUUUAAUGAAAAUAAAAAAUUAAUACGUCAAAACUAUUAAUAAAUUAAACUCUAUAAAAUAGCCAUCAUCAAAUUUAAAAAAAAAAAAAAUCAAUUGAAAUAUAAAUAUGUGUAGUCCUUAACACUGUGAGUAACAUAUGAUAUGUAUAAAAAAAAAAAAAGUCGAAUUUGAUUUUCUUUAUUGUAUCCGGAGAUAUUAUAAUAAGUGUAUCUUCAAGGCACAUUCUGCAUAUAUAAAGACAGGUGUUGUAAAGUACUCGAAUAAAAAAAUUAGUAUUUAUUAGGGUUUUUUAGAACGACGCACGGACAGAUAAAUGUGUUAAUUUUUUCGACGAACGUGAAAGUGUCCUUUUUUAAAAAAAAAAUAAUUCGGUUUUAAAAGCGUUAUUUUUUAAAAAUAAAAUGAACGUGAACGUUCCAAACAAUGAGUUCAGUAUUUUACAACUCAUUAUUGACUCAACCUAUUUAAUACUCGUAGAUAAAUCAACAUAAUAUUAGUUUAAUUUUUUUUUUUUAGAAAUGCAUAAAUACUGUCGGCAUCAAUAUGACAGAAUUAGAACAAUUACAUAAGCAAAUAUUUAAUAAUUCCGAAAUUAGUCAAUGGGCUAAAAGCUGUAAAAAAAUGACAACAGAAAGUGUAACGUGUGUUAAAGAAGAGAUAUUUAAUUUAAUUAUACAUUUGAUUAGUCAACUUAAUGAAAAAACUAAGAUAAUGAAUAAAAUUGAAUGUGAUGCAGAAAAUAUUAGAUGUAAAUUAGUUGAUGAAGCAAAAAAAUCAACAGAAAAAGAUAACAGAAUAAAAGAAAUAUCAUUAGAAAUAUGUCAACUUAAGAAAGAAGAUGAAAAAAUGCGCUCCGAAAUAAGAGAUAGAGUUAAAGAUUUUGAUAAUUUAUCAACUUCUGCAAGAACAGAAGUUCGAGAAUUACAAUCUCGAUUGGCUGUUGAAAUAAACGAAAGAUUAAUUUUAACGAAUGAACUCAAAAAAAGAAUAAACGGAUCAAUAAAUAAUUACAAAGAGUUGAAUACUGAAUUGUCUAUGACUAAAGACCAAAAUAAUAUUUUAAAACUUCAACUCGAGAAUCGUGUAUCAACUAUUGAAUAUAAUGAUAAUUUAAUAAAUAAAUUAAAAAAUGAUUUAAGGUCCGUAGAAAAAAGAUUGCAAAUUCAAGAUGCAGAGUUAUUUGAAAGAAAAAAUGAAGUUAUUUUUAAUGGUGCAGAAGUAAACAAACUCAAAGAUAAUAUUUUUCAUCUUGAGUCCAAAAUUAAAAGCGACGGAAAGUUACAUGAUAUAUUGCAGUUAAAAUACGAUGAGUUACAAAAUAAAAACAAGGAACUAAAUGCAAAAUGUACUGAACAAAAUAAAACAAUUGUGAAACACAUCAUCGCUACAAAAGAUUUCAAAAUAAAGAUAAAUUCCUUGGAAAAAAUGUCCAGAGAUAAAGAUUUUAAGAUAGCUGAAAUACGUAGGACAACUGAACACGAUAACAAAUUAUGCAAAUAUGUAAAAGAGAAAAAUGAUGUACAACUCGAAUUGGAAACAUUAACUAAAUCGCAUAGUAAAUUAUCAACAGAGUUGAAUGAGCUAUACGUCAAACAUCAGAAAUUAACAACACAAUUUGACGAACAAACUGAAACCAUCAAUAGUAACAAUCAAAUUGAAAAAUUGUGGAUAAGCAAAUUAAACUCUGAGAAAGAAAUAUCAGAGAUAAAAGAUGCUGAGCUAAUAAGAUUACAUCAGAGAAUUUCUCAACUUAUGACAGAGUUAAAUGAUUUUCAAAUUAUGAAAACUCCGGUCAAAAAAGUUGAUUCAAACAAAUGUCAAAUAAAUUCAAGGCCAUUACAGAAAGACAAAAAAGUGAAAAUUUUGUUAAAUGAACCCAUACCAAUAAGGGGUCGAAAACCAAUUUUGAAAAAAGUGCUAGAUAAAGAAAAUGAAAAUACCGAAAUUAAAAAUGAUCCAGUUAGAAAUUAUGCAGAAAGUUAUACAUUGCAAGCUAAAGAAAACUCAAUCAAAAAGGCCGCUAAAAAAGAAGAAGAAAAGUCCGAGGAAAAUCCCAAUUUAAUAAAAAUACGCAAACAGAGAAGGUUUUCAAUAUUAUUUAUAUUAUUACCAAUAUGCACGAAUAUAAGCAUAUAUAUAAUUAAGCUUGGUAGUCAGUGUCGACUUUGCAUUAAGUUCUUGUCUUUAGAGCGAAAUGUUUUUAACAUUGAAUUUCAAUUUCAAACCAAGGAUUAUUAUUUUUAUUUAUGACUGAAAAAAAAAAACGAAUACUGUAAACGGGUAUAUCGAUAUUUUAGGUGAGAAGUCGGGGAGGUAGGACACAUAAUUUAAUUUAUUGAUUAACCUAUGAUUAUCGAUAAACCAUUGCUAACAAAUAACGAUUCGAAGUGAAUUUCGGUAAGGUAUAUUUUGAAACAUCGUAAUUUUUACGAUUUUUGUCAAAAUCUGAUCUUAAAACGUUUAUGCAAGAAAAAAAAUGUUAUGUUUUAAACUUACAUUUGUUUAUUAAACCACUAAGUAGGUACAUUCUAUAAUGAACCUUGUAUUGAACUUUCAAACAUUUUUCUUAAGAAAUAUAAUUUUAAUAAUAGAUAUCUACCAAAUUUAUAAACAAUGAUUUACUAAGCGUGAUUAUUCCAUUAUAUUUGGUUAAAUUUUGCAUUUAGUCAAGUUCUGAUUUUUGGAAUUUAUUAGUGUAGUUAAAGCCGAAAAUUUCGAAUACUACCAAAAUGUAUUUAAAGUAUAACUACUCCAUCUAUUUACGGGAUUUUUAAUAUAGGUUCAUAUUUGAAAAACCAAAUUUGGUAUUGUUACAUGAUACUCCUUAAAUGCUGUAAAAAAAAUUAACCAUUUUUCGUAAUUACAGAGAAAAAAUGGGAAAAUAUAUGAAAUUUAGGUAUUAGUUAAAAUGUAUAACGAUAUUUUUUUUUCCUGUGAACAACUUUUCUACUAACAAUUUUUCUUCAAUUUACAAUAGUACCAUUUUUUUGAAAAGAAAUCUGAUUGGGAUGAUAUAUUAGGAAGGUCAUUUUCUGAUUUUUCCAGGAGUUUUCCAAAUAAUCGUAAAAAAACGGGGAAAACAAUUAUAAUAUUAAACAAAUAUUAUUAAAGAAAAUGUUUAAUGCAUAUGUAUUUUUUUAUCAUUAUAUGACAAAUAUAUUGUUGAAAAAGCAACACAAUCAACUGAGCUCUGCUUAAAAUCGCUUUUUCAUUAGUAAUGGUUAAUCGUUGUUUACGGAUAUAAAUUGAAUUCCCGUCUGUAUCCUACCUUCCGAACUUCCCACCUACAACAGUGGUUGCACCCUUCCCCAUUAUCUUAGCUUUUUAUUAAUGAUCUUAAAUCUGAAGUUUAAUAAUUAAUUGUUUUCUCUGAAAAGGAUUUUAACCUGUAACCAGUUAGCAUACAAUUUUGGUGUCUAUAGAGAAUAGGAUACCGGUAACUUGAGGUGUCCCCAUAGGUAUACUAUAUAUUGUACGCCAUAUCCUCUCGAUAUUUUACUUAAAAAUCACGGAUAUACUGUGUAUACUCUUGAAUAAUUUUUUAAUGAAAAUAAUCAAAUAAUAACAAAAAAAAAUUACAAUGCCACUAAAACUAUAAUACUAUAGUAAUAUAUGUUUUAUUCAUUUCAAUAAUUAUAAUCAAAAAUUCACAAUAUUCUUAUGAUUUACAAUACUUUUUUUUUAAAUUUUGAGUUUUCAAUUUAAAGAUUUUAGAAGUUAUCGGUUUUCAAAAUUAUCUCAAAUCCUGGCGAACUGACUACCAAUAUAAUUUUUGAUAGUAGUUUAAGGUAAACUCAUCAAUUAAAUUUUAUUUCAUAAUAUAGAAUUCUAUACAGGCUUAUAAUUAGUAUCUAUAAUUCCCAAUAUUCUUUCUCCCGUGGUAAAGUUUUGUUUAUGAGCGAUAGAUAAGUUGACCACAUACAGUUACGAAUUUUAAAACAAUAAAUUACAAUUUAGGAUUAUUGCAGUGACUUUCAUAGAAGAUGAGAAUAAUUUUUAGAUUUUCUUAAAAUUUCAGGAGCAGGGACUGCUGCAUACUUAGCCCUUCUAAAAAUACGCUCCUGUUCAUCCUAUAUACCAGGGAUGGACAACUGGCGGCCCGCGUACCUUUUUUAUCUGGCCUGCGCUACAUUUUCAAAUUACUUCAUAUAAUUUUAGCGCUUAUCUGUAUUUUAUUUUAUUUUUAUUACAUUUUUCGAUAAAAUGUGGAUAUAAAUUCUUAUCUAGUUUUAAACCCAAACUAAAUUAUUAAAUGUCUAAAUAUAUAUUUAUAAUGGCAUAGCUAACAUACUAUUUAUUUCAUUUUAUCGGUUUAGUCAUAUCGGUACUGACCGUACUGCCGUAGUGUCAAACCGCCGCGCCGCGCCGUUAGUACUAUUAUUUUUGAGUUUUGUAGUAAUUAUUUUGAAAAUGUCCAUAUUAUAUACAAUAUACGUAUUUUUACUUAAUAUUACUGCUAGGGUGAGGAUUUAAAUGUACCAUAAAUGCUCUUUAUGCACUUAAAAAAAUAAAAAGUUAAAAAUGCUCUAAAUAUUAUUUUAAACGUUUUUUUCUUGAGUACCUGUAUAAAUUUAUUAAACACAGUGCAAAUAGUGCAAUACGACUAUUAUACAACUCGAUAAAUAGCUUAUUCUUAUCGGUUUAUUUUUUGCAGCUGGCAUCGUAUUUGUCUGAUACAAUCAAUAAAUCUAUACCAAAUACACAUUUUAAAAAUAGAAAUAUGAUAUCUUUUUUGUUUUAGGUGGAUAUCAAAAUAAAUUUUAUUUCAUUUUCUGAUAGCACUAUCAAGUUCGUAAAAAGAAAUAAAAAAAUGGCUUAAAAAUCUAAAAAAGUACAUAAAAUUUCAAAAAAUUUUUUGCUAGGACAACAUUGCUAAUUUAAAAAAUUAAAUUUGUAUUAUAAUCCACACCCUAACAAUAACAAGAACAGCGUACAAGUUUUUUAUAGUAAGUUAACUUGUCUAACUAUACCGGGAUAAAUUUGUAUAUAGGUAAUUAUUUGAAAAUUAGUUCUAUUUACUAUAGUUAAUAAUAUAUGUAUUAUAAUUGAAAAAUGAAAAAACGCUGGGAAAAAGUCACAUAGGAACUAACUUAUUUAACGUAUUGAAAAAGUAACAGAGUAUUUUCCGAGUGUUUAUAAAAGUUUAUCACUCGAUUGUUUAACAUAUUGAAUUAAAAUUAGGUUUAAAAGUGCGAUGCACCAUAUAACAAUUUUAUAAGUGGUUGAUGGUGGUUCGAGGGUCAAUCCGUUGAAAAUAUUCUCGUUUAAGCUUUUAUACAUACAGAGUCUAGAUAAUCAUAUUCAUAAUAUAUUAAUAUUUGUUUAUUAUAUUUACAUUUUUUUAAGAAAUCCGAGUAAAACUCCAAAAAAAGCCGAACCAGAUAAAGAGGUAAUGGUAACACAAUCGAUGGUUUUCAAUCAAAUUAAAUUUAACAUGCAGUGUUACUCCAAAAAAUCUCUUCAAAAAUAUUACAACUUAGUACCGCGGAAACCUUUUAAAUAAGAAACUGGUAACUAUGCCAUAUAUCUAUCUAUAUUUUCUAUCAAUUUUGUGUACCAGUAAAUGUUUCAACCAUGUAUGUUUAUUAUUUCAGUGUCCGAGAACUAGAGAUCAUUGUGCAGUCAAAAUCAACGCUAUACAUUAAGAAUAAUACUGAAGUUUUCAAUUUACUAACUUUGUUACAACUCCCAGUUAUCAUAGUAAACUUCAAUAUGACUAGAAACUAACAAUACAAUUUUACGAACAAACUGAAACCAUCAAUAGUAACAAGCAUAAUGAAAAAUUGUGGCAAGAAGCAUUGAACUCUGUAAAUAAAAUAUCAAAGGAAAAAGACGCUGAUCUAGAAAGAUCAAAUCAGAGAAUUACUCAACUUACUCAAGAGUUAAUCGAUUUAAAAAUAAAAAAAAAUGUUCAUAGUUCGACUCAGUCGGAUAGUGAAUUAUUGCAAUUAUACAAUAUAGUAAAUUCAUCAAUUGAAUCUAAAGCAAACAGAGUUUCAAAUUUAACGCCCGACAAAGAAAAUAAAAAAGACAACAUAAAAAAUAAUCCAGUUGGAAAAGAUGCAGAAAGUAAUAUAUUGCAAGCAAAAGAAAAUCCAAUUAUAGAUACUGCAGAAAAAGAGAAAGAAAAGUCCGAAAAAAAUCCCGAGAAUCUACUAAAAGAAGAACGCAAACAGAGCAGGUUUUCAAUAUUAUUUAUAUUAUUAUCGUAACAUACGAUUAUUAGCGUUUAUAUAAUUAACGGGUGAACGUAAGUUCCCACAUGAGAUAUCGCAAGUAAAAAUCACCCAUAGGUUCUGACACAAAACAUAAUAAACCAGUACAUAAGUUUCCUACAAGAAUUACAAUUAUAACGAAUACAAAUAAAAAAUUUCCUUAGGGUCCAUGGUUGCUAGUUGCUAUAAUAACAAUAUUAUAAUUUAUGUGUGUGUAUACAGGCUGUCCCACGAAAAUAUACCCCUUUAAUAUCUCCGGAGAUAAUAAAGAUAACCAAAUUCUGUAUUUUUUUUUUUUUGUUGUUGAACAUUUUAAGAUAGCUAUUCUGUAAAGAUUAUUUUUCUGAAAAUUUUAAUGCAUCACACAUUUAUAUCCGAUGAAUAAUUUCUACAAUAGAAUACAUUUAGUCUGCCGAAAGCGGAAUAGGUACCCACUUUCCACCUAUUUGUUUUCAUUCAAUUCAGACACGGCCAAAACCAAAAAUGAAUAUGGGUAAAAUUAUAAUAAUACAAAUUGGCACGGGCAACGCCGGGCGUGAGACAGUUAGUAUGUACAAUAUAUUAGGUGUAUGUGUCUGGAAAUAAUAUAAUACAUAGAAAAUAGUGAGAGUUUAAGAUCUUUAUAAUUAUUUUUAUUUAUAUUAAUUACCAAAGAUUCCAUAGAUAAAUUUGGGCUGACUUUUUAUUUUUUUUUCAAAUUUCAUUCGUGUUAUUAAGGUAAUCCAUAAAAAUAAAUAAUUUAAUAAUAAUUAAUAAUCGAAUGUUGGGGGAUGGUUUUCAAUAGAGGAUGGAUUUCAAUAGCUAUAAACCUUUCCCGCGUCAAAGCGGAUUAUUUUACGAUAAACAUCGUAAAAAUUGGUCCAGUAGUUUUUGAGAUUAUAUAUACACGUACUUUAACGUAAUAUCAUUAUCAUAUAACAAGAAGAGCAUGCGAGUCUUAUAUACUAUAAUUAAUAAUACAUUUAUUAUAAAUAAAACAUGAAGAAAUAUUGGGAAAAGUCACAUACUCGUAGGUACUAAUUUAUUUAUCGCAUUGAAAAAGUCACAGAGCAUUUUUCGAGACUUUAUAAAAAUUAAUUACUUGAUUGUUUAACAUAUGAAAUCGAAAUUAAGUUCGAAAUUGUACACUUUUAUACACACAGAAUACAGAUAUUAUAUUAACAUGUAUUUAUUAUAUGUGUAUAUUUUGUUUAAGUAAACCAAGUAAAAUACCAUUAAGGCCCAAAUCCAAAACAAAUAAAGAUAUUAUAGCAACUACGUCGAUGGUUUACAAUCAAAUUAAAAUUAACCUACUACAUUGCCCAAUGUCGUCUUACCCCAGAAAACCCAUUAAAAAUAUGAACGUUUUAGUGCGAAGAAAAUGUGUACAGAAAACUGGUAACGUAUGCCAUUUAUCUAACUAUAUUUGCUGUCCAUUUUGUAUACUGGAAGAUGUUUAAAUUUUGUUUGUUUAUUAUUUCAGUGUACGAGAACUAG